GAAAACGGCUAAUUACACUCAUGAGGAAGAGCGAGACUCUCGCGCGGAGAGACAGGGGACAAAAACGUGACUAGGCAGCCUAAGAGCUGUUAUGCAACCGCUGACCUACUAACACAUAUCUCUAGAAAGGAAGCCGGAGAAACUGGAGCAAAGUGUCCGGCAGCGCGCAACACGCAGGCAGCCUGAGCCAAAAGAUAGAAACAGCUUCCAGCCGACCCAGUGACUCAUCCGACACCGACCCGAGCGCCGACCGGGGACAAGCACAAGGUUUUUCCAGCAUUUUUGGGAGGUUUUCUGUGAAGGUACAAGGAUAAGGAGGAAACGGGAGCGAGACAGCUUUUGUGUCGGGGAAGCCUGAACCUUUUUUCCCUUCUCCUCCAGGAAGCCAGAAAAGCAACCUAGUCAGCGUUCAACAAACAGCGCCGCUGAAGCUGGAUCCUCAAGCAGCCCCAAAGUAGACGUACUGACCUACAUCCUAUAUAAGACACAGCGAGAAUCAGGGCAACAGUCUGAGAAGCACCCCAGCUUUGCUGAAGAUUUAUGACAACGCAGAUAAACUCGGACGAACCUCCAGCAAGACUCUAGGGAGCCUUAAACAAUCUGCAGAGCCAAUUUAAAGGCUCUUUGUUGAAAACACAAACUUGUUUCUUUUUUCAGUUUUCUUUUUAAGAACACUACGUCAAUGUCUGAGGUUUUUGUGGAGUUCCACCUCUUUUUAAUCUUCCUGGCUAAUUUGGACACUUGAGAAUUUUAACUUUGAACCAUAAGCAGCAGAAAUCAAUGAGGCUAUCCUUUCGAGGAGCACAAAUACCUCAUCCAGAAGUUUUUACUGAUCCUGCAACAUAGGUCAAACGUCUUACCAACAAAGUAGAAGGCUCAUUGAGUUUUACAUCUUUUCCCUCCCCCCCUUUGCCCUUUGAUAGGGUCAUUCUUUGGCCCCAACUGGGAAAAAAAACAUGGAAAAUCUCAGUCUACACAUCACAUCUACCAGCAACAAAAACACCAUGAAAGCUGACAGUUAUUCCUCAUACGACAACCUCCCAUCCCCUGGUUCUGAAGGUGGAGCACGGGUCAGUCGCCAGUCUAAAGGCGCUAAGCCCACUGUGACCUCCCGUCGUAAGCGAGAGUUCAUUUCUGAUGAGAAAAAAGAUGCUUCCUAUUGGGAAAAACGAAGGAAGAACAAUGAGGCAGCCAAGCGCUCAAGAGAAAAGCGUCGUCUCAACGAUAUGGUGUUGGAAAACCGGGUCAUGGCACUGAAUGAGGAGAAUGUUCGUCUGAAGACGGAGCUCCUUCAGCUCAAGCUGCGCUUUGGUCUCAUCAGUACGGCAUCCUACAUGGAGAAAAGUCAGCAAAUCUCCACCAUUGCUGCCGAAAACAAUGCUGGUUGCAAUGGCAGCAGUGGUGGCACCCCAAAUAGUAACACCUACCUCUCAAGCAGCGGUUACUCCAGCGCGUCCCAGGUGAUGCUGAAUUCUGACUCCUCUGAAGCUGAACAGUCUCCGCAUGGUGAGCGCCACAACAUGCUCCACAAGUACUCUCCAAGGGGCUCUGUGUCUGACAUGUCUGAUGGCUCCUCCAGAGAUAGCCCUGAACCCAUUGACUACAACAUAAAGAAGGAGCCUUCAAGCAUGGAGAUGGCUGGACUGGAAAGCAGCAGGAUUCCCAGUGUGAUCCCUAAUGGGAUACCCAAUGGGAUGCCAGGUGGGGCUUACCAUGGCAACCAUGCAACUCUGCUUUCCCCUCACCAACAAAAUGGCCUAUUGGCUGAAAGUGCCAGGGACCUGCAGCAUCACCAACAGCAGCAGCAAUGCCACAUGGACACUGCCAGUCCUGCUCCUCAGGCCACGUCUGCCCAGAGGAGCGUCAUCUUGUACCAGUCCAGCAGCGGCUGUUACCCCAUGGAGAGCCAGAGGCUGGAGGACCAGCAGUCCCAGCAGACCCAGCAGAGCAGACCUUCUCAGCACAUCUUACCCUCCAAGUUCUCUGACUGUUCAGUGACCAUCACGGAGGUUGCUGAGAAGCUAGAGAGGACAAAGACAAUGGACUCUCCUCAGUAUGAAUACACCAAUGGUCAUGCUGAGACCAUAGAGGAGCUGCAACAAAGGUAUAACCACAGCAUCCAACAGUCACAUGACCACCUCCAUCACUGCAGUUACCAGGCUCAAGAGAGCAAUCUUCAUCACACUGAGAGCCAGCAGAACCCCUUUGCGCCUGAUCUUAUCCACAGUGAGGAGGGCAAGUCCUCCUUCAUACAGCACAACGGCUACCUCAACACACUGGAUGAAGAGCCCCCGGUGCUCACUUAUGAGGGAGGCCCUCAAGCUGGUGGCUUCUAUCAGGAGAACUCUUCUGCUAAAGACACUUCCUCAAGCGAUGGAGAUCCUCGUAGUUCUGAUAAAGAGGGCUCCACAGAUGACGAAUCCCCCUCCUCGUCCUCCUCAGACAUCAGCAGCUACCACCAGAAGGCAGAGGGAGCUGCCGGUUUGCACGGCGAGUACCAAGCUGAGGUCAAAGCCACCGCCCUGCCCCACAAGCUCCGCCUCAAGUACAGAGCUCUGUCCAGCGGGGCAGCUGGAGCUCAGGUGGAGGUACCGGUCAGCACCUCCAUGUCCCCUUCUCCCACUUUACCCCAGCACCCUUACUUGGCUCUGCCCAGUAACCCUCCCAGUGGCCAAGCAAACGGGGAGUACAAAGAAGUGGAGAAUGAUACUGAGUAUGGGGAGGAAGUGAAGCCCCACAUGAAUGACAUCACAGAGGCUAAAAAGCAGGGAGGGAAAAGGGGAUCAAGUGGUGGGAGAGGUGGGCGCAAUAAGAGGCGAGAUUAAGAGCGAAUAGGAGCAGCUUUUCCUGUCACCUCUCUGUCAUUUGUAGGGGACAAACCCCAACAACUCUGGCUCACAUUGGCACUUUUCAGGACAGAGUAGAAGCCUGUGAUCUGUGCGAGGUGUGUUUAAGAUGCGAUAUCACCAUCAAGUUCCACUGUGUCACCCAUAACCCUUUACUCCUACCUCCCACAGAUCCCUUCAAUUAGAAUAACUGAUUAAUAAGGGAUGUGGCUAAAUGAAACUUCGCAGCUGGAGCUUGGGAUAUUUCCCUUGUGGAAAAUUCAAUUUUUCAAUUAUUCAUUUUUCUUAAUUGCCUCAGUGGCUGGCCAGUCUUGAUUGUGGCAUUACAGGAGCAUUCCUUUUUUACCAAAGACACACACAUCUACUUUACCAUCUCCCUUUUUUUGGCAGUUACAUUCUCCCUCACCAUUCACCCUGUUGACCACCGGCACACAAGUCCACUUCACUCCCUUCACAAGCACUUAGAUUGUAUAAUACUGUGACAUAUAAAUUUGCAAAUAUGGAAUAUAUAUUUUAAGAAAAAAUGUGUCAAAAACAAUAAAAAAAAAUAAAUAAAUAAAGCAGUGGGAUGCAGAAAUUGUAGAC